CCCUCAAAAAUUCCAAGUACAUCGUCACAAUAUCCCUACUCAGUCCCAAACCACACCAUUCUCAAACCUUCCCACGCCACCAUAUAAAACGACAUCGUCGCCGCGGAUGCCAGCCGGAGAAUUCCGCCACCCGUCAUCUCCCCCGCCGGCUCCCGGGUCGGAGGAUGAGGAGGAGUGGGUGUGGGCCCAGAUCAAAGCCGAGGCUCGCGACGAUGCCGAGGCCGAGCCUGCCCUGGCCAGCUACCUCUACUCGACAAUCCUCUCUCAUUCCUCCCUCGAGCGCUCACUCUCCUUCCACCUGGGAAACAAGCUCUGCUGCUCGACCUUGCUGUCAACGCUCCUCUAUGACCUCUUCCUCAACAUUUUCUCCACAGACGCCGGCCUCCGCUCCGCCACCGUCGCCGACCUGCGCGCCGCCCGUUUUCGCGACCCUGCCUGCGUCUCAUUUGCUCACUGCCUUCUGAAUUACAAAGGAUUCCUAGCUUGUCAGGCUCACCGGGUGGCCCACAAGCUGUGGACCCAAUCCCGAAAGCCACUGGCUCUAGCCCUCCAGUCCCGAAUCUCGGACGUGUUUGCAGUGGACAUCCACCCAGCAGCUCGGAUAGGAAAAGGAAUCCUCUUCGACCACGCAACAGGUGUCGUUGUGGGAGAAACAGCUGUCAUAGGGAACAAUGUCUCCAUCCUCCACCACGUAACCCUUGGUGGCACCGGCAAGCUUGGCGGGGACCGCCACCCAAAAAUCGGCGAUGGUGUGCUCAUUGGUGCCGGAGCAACUAUCCUCGGCAAUGUUAAAAUCGGCGAGGGGGCGAAGAUUGGGGCUGGCUCGGUUGUUCUUAUAGAUGUGCCGCCGAGGACGACAGCUGUCGGGAAUCCGGCUCGACUGGUCGGAGGCAGGCAGCAGCCGACUAAGCACGAGGAGAUUCCAGGGGAGUCGAUGGAUCAUACGUCGUUUAUAUCCGACUGGUCGGAUUAUAUAAUAUGAGCAGGGGUUGAGAGUUUUUGUAGCUGCAAACUUUGCAGUGUUGAAUGAUGAUGUUCUUUGCUGCUACUUGGUGAAGUUCAUGUUUUUAGUUUGAAGUGAGAGAUGGAUGGAUACAAAGAUAGUGGUGUAUUUGGAUUUGGUUCAUUGUUGUUAUUGUACGUUUUUAAGGGAUGAUUGGUUUGUGUUUUGACGAUGUGGGAUUUAUGGGGGGUGUUUUUGGAGAAUGGGAGGAGACGCUAUUUGUGUGUUUGACUAAAUGGAGAUGAUGCUUUAUGAAUGAUGAUGAGAUUAUGCCGAAAUUGAAAUAUCCAAUAGGGAAUAAAUGAAGGUGACAAACAAUGCUGCGUAUUCUUCAAUUGUAUGAGCGAAAUUAAGAAUGUAUAUUCGUUCUCCGGGAGUGAAGAUUUACACAGUAAUUAAUACUUCUGUUACUAUUAGGCUUGCUAGUUAAGUCGGUGUAUUGUUUUCAUAAAUAUGCAUAUUUUUAUUAUAAAAUAUGGCACUUUAAAAUAAUAACAUAAAUAUAAGUACGACAAAGGUGUAUAAGAGUAAACAUUGUUGUUUGUCGAGUAUUGAGAUUGUUU